AUGCUGCCGGGGUUGAUGACAUCGCUGAGGACACACGUCGCCAACCACCGCGCACACCUGUCUAAGAGCCAUCUGAAGGACAUCAUCGUUCAGCUCAGCUUGGCCAUUGUUGAAGUGGGAAUGAUCACGCUCGCCGUACCGAUGUUUAUGAUUCUCCCGGGGAUUCUCUUCGCGGCAUGGCUGGCGUUGUCCAUGAGCUUGGUUUUGGCUCUCAGCUGGCUGAUGAACGGGAGCAACAUCAUUGUCAACUGCGACGAGUUCGGCAACAGCACAUCAGAGGCAGAGGAAGACGAAGAGAAAUGGAUCUUCAUCGGCGGCAUGGGAACAAGCUCGACACACCUCUCUCAAUGCACUCUCCCCCGCCUAGCCCGCCUCUUUGGCAAGUCCUUCAGCGGCAUCCAGAUGGCCACAUACGGCCUCCCCUUCGACAUGCUCCUCCUCGCCAUACAACGCUGCUUCCCCUUCCAGACCCAAGCCUCGCGAGCGCUCUACUCCGAACUGCGCACCGCCCUCCUCGACGCCGCCGUCACCCGAGUCGCCGUCCUCGCCCACAACAACGGCACCCUCCCCACCGCCCUCGUCCUCGCCCGCCUCUGCGCCGACAUCCAGCCCGAGAAGCUCAACAAGCUCGAGAUCUACACCUUCGGCGCCGCCGCCUCAGAAUUCGUCGUGCCCCUCGGCGACAGCCGCAAGUCCCGCUUCGAGGAGGCCGUCAUCGACGAGCGCGGCCCGCACAUUGAGCACUUCGCCUACGCCAACGACCCCUUCGCGCAGAUGGGCGUCCUGCGCGCCGUCAACAAGAAGUUCGACGGCCGCUUCUGCGGCGGCGUCUACAUCAUCCACAACCAGAUCCCCCAGCCCUCGGGCCACUGGGUGCCCGACCAGCGCCCCGUCAUGCUGCUGACCGACUACCUCUCCGCCCUCUUCCCGGACCCGUCGUCCCCGUCCGCGCCCAGCAGUCUGCUUGACUACGUCAUGGUCAUCGACCGCGAUAUCGCCGAGCGACGUGAGCUCGCUGCCAUGGCUAAUCAUGCACAGACGAAGCGGACGCGGAAGGACAACCGGCGCCUCAGCUGGACCGCUCUCGGGGCCACCGUCGGCGGGAAGAAUGGUCUGCUGGACGGCGGCGUGAUCGGUCUUGAGCUGGCGCGGAAGGGAUGCCGUGACUGUGACGGCCACCGAGGACGCGAGGUCAGCUGGCUUCACAGGUACGUGCAGACCGGCUGGGUCGUGGAGAAGAAGGACUCGAACCCAGUCGCCGACGCGAUGGGGAUACUCUGCGGUCAUCAAUGA